UCGUUGUCCCCAGGAACGGCUGUUGGCUUCCGUCGCCUUCGCCUCGCCCUUUGCCGAUGGAUCGCUUAUUCGCUUCCAUUGUUUACCCUACUCGGUUUUAGAUUUACAUAGUUUGCCGGUUUUUUGAGGAUGGCUCCAAGGAAGAGGGAAAAAGAAUUGGACAAAAACAGAAUGGAUCAUGCACAGGCCGAUCACGAAUUGUUUCUCCAAGCUUUUGAAAAACCUACUCAAAUCUAUAAAUAUUUAAGAAAUCGCAGCUUAUUUUCUCCAUUAUUUCUUGUUAGAACAUUAAGUUACAUGAGGGCAAAUCGCCCACGACCCAAGCGGCCUAAGAAAAAAAUUGAUAUUGAUUCAUUAUUGAUGAACAUAGUAGAAAAAAAACUUAAUGAAAAAAAAACUUGCAACAAACGAUACUUGACAAUUACUUACAUUGGAUACUUUGAUGAUAAAAUUAAUGAUGUAAAUGAACCAAUUAAAAUUGAAACUAGCCUUAUCAAAAUAAGUCAUAAGAAAAGGAAGGAUGCUUGUCCUUGGUCAAUGAUAUCUUAUGGACUGUCUGCGGUACCAGUAAAUCCUCAAAUCAAUCAACAAACUUGUAAUUUAACUUCACACGUAUCACCUGUAUCUAUUCCUGUUGAUUCACUUGCUACUAUUAAUGGUCAUGUAUCGAAAUCCCACCAUUUAUUGUUGAGAAUUAUGAAUAUGGCUUCAAACUCAGAUUCUGAAAACACAGAACCAAGUCAAAAAAAACGUAGAAUGAGUAUCAAAGAGGGUAAUGGUGUUAGCAAAAAAGAAUUUGGUGCCAAUUUAAUUAUACACGAUAAACAAAACCGUUGUUUACUUAAAGACGGUGAUUAUGAUUGUAUCGUCGAAGAGUUGAAUGCAAAUCCAAUAUCGAGUAUUGGCAAAUCGGCAUCUUGGGAACGUCUCAAAGAAGUGAAAGCCGGACCUCAAUAUGGUGCUUUUGAAAAUAGAAACAAAAUUAAGCUUCGUCUCAAAUGGUCAGCUGAGCCUACUACUAGCGCUGCUGUGGAAUAUCCUCUCGUUGACAACAAAGAAAACAGUUGGCCAAGUUCCAUAUCUAGAAGAAGUAGCAGUGUUCAAAAUGCUAAUGGUUCAGUUGAAAAUUCUUCGUCUAACAAAUUGAAAAUUGUUUAUCAAUUUCUUUAUAACAACAAUAGUCGUCAACAAACUGAAGCAAGCGAAGAUUUACACUGUCCGUGGUGCACUCUAGAUUGCUUUACAUUAUAUGCUUUACUAAAGCAUUUGAAGUUAUGCCACGCUCGCUUUACGUUUUCUUAUGUUCCAACAGGUUCUGGUGCACGUAUUGAUGUUGCGAUCAAUGAAAACUAUGACGGUUGUUAUAUUGGAAGUCCUCAAGAUUUGAUUGCUCAGCCUCAGAGAGAUGAAUCCAAAAAUGUUGGAUAUCGCAUAACUAGAGUUGGUCCUGUGCGACGCGCUGUUGUAUCAAAAAUAGUCGUAUGUCAUCCCAAACGUCUCCGGCGUGCUUCUUUGUCGGAAUUUUUACACGAAUUAGAAGAUACUGACGGCUAUGAUGGUCAAAGACCUUAUGUGACCGGACACAACAGACUUUAUCAUCACACAUCGACUUGCCUUCCAAUAUAUCCUCGAGAAAUGGAUGAAGACAGUGAAGACGAAAGUGAUCCGAUAUGGUUACGAAAAAAGACUGCAAUGAUGAUUGAUGAAUUUACUGAUGUUAACGAUGGCGAAAAAGAAAUAAUGAAAAUGUGGAAUUUGCAUGUAAUGAAAGAAGGAUUUGUUGGUGACUGUCAAAUAUCAUUGGCUUUGAGCAUGUUUGUUGAAUUAAAGGGCAAAGAUAUUCUAAGAAAAAAUUUGUAUAGAAAUUUCAUGUUGCAUCUUUGUAAUUUGUGUGAUUUGCGCCUUAUAAGUCCGGUUACGUUUUACACCACUAUACAAAAAUUACAAGACAUAAUUGCUAUUGAUUCAAAGGCCAGUAAUGUUUUGUACGAGUCGUUUGAAGCUCAAAGAAAAUACUGGCGUGAAGAAGGCGCAAAAAAAUCUGAAGAUCGCACAGAAAUCAGAUGCUUGGUACAAAGUCCUUUGCAGUCCGAUAUCGGGACCAGACGCAAACCGGCUGGAUCUUUUUAUCCGUUAAAACUACAGGAUAAAUUAAAAGGUAAGGUCAUCAAACAACAAAACAGUCGCAAAGGCAGUAGUUCCGCCAGACAAAACCCUCCGGCCACAAAAAAUGCAAAUAUUAUCGACGAAAAGAAAUCUGAGAAGAAAGGUGACAAGAAAGGGGGUUCCACUACUAGAUCUCAGUCGGCUGUCCGAUCCGAUAAGCCUGAGAAACCAACAGAGAAACGUAAUAGUACAUCUUUAAAUGGUGAAGAUCACAAAAUAUCAGCAACUUUGACCGUGCGACGUAGGACAUUUCCCUCAUUGACUGAUAAGAAAAAACCAGUUCCUGAAAAAGUACCAACAAACCCGUCUGAAUCCAUAAGGCGAAAGUAGAUAGGUAAUUAUUAUGAUUAUUGUGAUAAUUUUCCCAUAAUUAUGUCCCAAAUGAGUUUUAAAAUGAUUACAUAAUCAUUAAAAUUGUAUUAGUAUGUCCUCUUAAAUGUUCAUAUUUUUGUGAUCUAAACAUUAUGUUUUUUUUAUCAUCUAAAAAUGAUAAAGGAUAAGUAACUAAAUUUUUUUCGAAAUGUUAAAUAUUUAUUAUAUUGGUGUAAACAAUUUUCACUAGCUAUUUUUUUUUUACAUCAAUAAAUGAACUUUUAUGGAUUUGAGGCAACUGACAAAUGUUCUAUGUUAGUUAUUCUGUUAUAAUCUUAUUGUUUUUUGUACUUUCAGUUAACUGAAAACAAUAACUAAUAUUUAGUUUUAUUUUAAAGGUUAACCCUUCGAUUAUCAUACAAAUACAAACGAUAGUUAAAUUAUCCAAUUUCUAAAAUAAUGUUUGAUUUAAAAUUUUAUUUUAUAAGUUACCAUUUUGUUUGAGAACUAUAAAUGUUUCUAUUUUUUCUAUUCCUAUAAAUUACCGAUUGGCGUUAUGGUUAUCAGUAUACAUUAUUAUAUAACUAUUCAAUUCUAAUUAUUUUGUACAAAAUAAGGAAUUAAAAAUGAUAGUGUUUAAAAUCAACAAACAAUAACUACCAUUUAAAAUAUAAACAUUCAUGCAUGUUAAGUAUAUAUUUAAUUCAUGAUGCAAUUAACUUAAAAAUAGAGGGUUCCGCUGUUUUCUGUCUGAUUUAUAAUUUAAAUUGUAUACUAAAGUUAAUUUAGGAUAAAGUCAACUUAGUAUCAAAAGUCAGUUAAAUGGUAUGACCAAUGUUCAAAUGAUUAUAUCUCAAUAUUUUUUUUUUUUAUGAUUUUACUACUGAGUUAUUUUACUUAUACAAAAAAAAAAUGUAUUAGUGAAAAGCAUUUUUAUGUUAAAGGGUUGUUAAUGUUGAUAACAUUUGAACCAUUAUAUGAUGUAACAGCGGGGUACCACAUCUUGUACAUUUUAUUUUAUACUUAAACCAAAGUCACUUAACAAUAAUCGUUUAUUAUAAUAAAUAAUAUUACGCAUUAUUGAAAAAUAAAUAUAUACUAUUUUUACCAUGCAUCCAGUAAUAUUUUUCAUACAAAGACUUUGUAAUAUAAACUAUGUAAAAUUAUUAAUAAUUAGCGGUUUAGUAUAAUAAAUAAAAUACUAAUGGACUAUAUGUACAAAAAAAAAAAGUAGCAACGACCACGAGAAAAUACUAACAUUUAUCAAAAUGAGUUUAGUAAUGAUGUUUAGAUUUUUUUUUUCAUUUUACAUUUUAUAGGUAGACAGUUACUUGAAUAGCUAAAAAUUAAUGGUGUAUUCGUAAGGAUUCACUCUGUGUGUACCUUAAUGACUGUUUUUUACGGAUACGUGAUUACAAGUUUUUCAUUAUGAGUACACAAGUAUAAAAAACAGUAGAUGAGUAUACACAGUGUAUUUACGAAUACACGUCUGUAUGUUUUGAUACAUAUGAAAAAAAAACUGUUUACCUGUGUACAAAGUAUUUUCUAAAUUUAUUAGAAAUAUAUUAUGUUUAAAUGGUUUA